AUGGCGGUGGCGGUGCUGGGACGGCGCGCAGUGCGGGGCAUCGGUUUCUGCGGCGCCGGGAGGUUUUUCAGCCGUGGGCCAAAUGUGCUGCAUCAAGACAACAGUGCACCACAAGCUGCAUUCUUUUCACCUCUUCAAAAAGUGAUGUUGCCACCAAAUACCUUCCAAGGAAAAGUGGCCUUUAUAACUGGUGGAGGUACUGGGAUUGGCAAAGGGAUGACAACAGCUUUGUCCAGUUUAGGUGCCAAGUGUGUUAUAGCAAGCCGGAAGCUUGAUGUUUUGAAAGGAACAGCAGAAGAAAUUUCUUCUAAAACAGGGAAUAAGGUUCAUGCCAUCCAGUGUGAUGUGAGAGAUCCAGUUUCAGUUAAGAAUGCUGUUGCUGAAGCAAUCCAAGUGGCAGGACAUCCUGAUGUUGUGAUAAACAAUGCAGCUGGAAACUUUAUUUCACCUUCUGAACGACUUUCUGCUAAUGCAUGGAGAACAAUAACUGAUAUCGUGCUUAAUGGUACUGCUUUUGUAACUCUGGAAGUCGGAAAGGAGCUCAUUAAAGCCCAAAAAGGAGCAGCAUUCUUGGCUAUUACAACAAUUUAUGCAGAGAGUGGUUCAGGAUUUGUGUUGCCAAGUGCCUCUGCCAAAGCUGGUGUAGAAGCAAUGAGCAAGUCUCUUGCGGCUGAAUGGGGUAAAUAUGGCAUGAGAUUCAAUGUGAUUCAACCAGGUCCAAUAAAAACAAAGGGUGCUUUCAGCCGCCUUGACCCAACAGGCACAUUUGAGAAGAAGAUGAUUGAGAGGAUUCCCUGUGGUCGUCUGGGAACUGUAGAAGAAAUUGCAAAUCUUGCUGCCUAUUUCUGCAGUGACUAUGCAAGCUGGGUUAAUGGAGCAGUUAUUAGAAUGGAUGGUGGAGAAUAUGUUUCUAUGGCAGGAGAAUUCAAUGAUUUGAAAAAGGUUACCAAAGAGCAGUGGGAUAUGAUGGAAGCAAUGAUUAGAAAAACAAAAGGCUCUUAAAGUGCAUAACUAUAUGGUGGAGAUUAUUGGAAAUGAACCACUACUUUUUCAAUAAUAUUUAUAAAUAACCAUUUGAGAAAUAGCCUUCAAAAUCUUUUGUAUGCUAAUUUUAAUAAAAUAUUUUGAAAUCGUUGUAUUUUGAAUAUAGCUUGUGUAUUUUUCCCAUCUAAAAUGUAAUCUGUUGCCAGUAGCAAACAACAGUUGGUGCCUGAAAUUUUACUGUUUUUCGGAUUGUCUUCCACAACCGUGGUCUACAGUUAGCUUUUUUUUUUUUUUAAUGUUUCAGAGGAUUUUUUCCUCAGAUGUGUGCAAGUGUCUCUUAAUAUUGUCAUUUUAAUAGCAUUUCAGCACUGUCAUAACAGAAUGUGAUUAUUAAUCUGAAGAAAA